CAACCGCUUCACUGCGGUGUGUCGUGUGCGCGUUCGAGCAAUAAUAUAACACCAGUUUUGUGCACAUCACACAGGUGACCGGACUGUGGUUCGUAUCAGAGGUUCAAAGUGCACCUCUUUAUUUUAUCAGAAAGUGUUGAAAGAAAAAAAAUCGAUCAGUAAUGGACCGGUAGAACCUGCACACGGUGGCCCUCUCCCUUAUCAGUGUGUCGCCUUAUCGCACUGGAUCGCCUGGGGCUGGUCUGGGCAAUUAAUCACUCUGGGUUGUACGCCCAAGUUCAGCGCUGUAAACAAAUCCCCCUCGUAAUCGUAAUCAUGUCGCAUAGCACGGCUAGUGGCUUCUACUAGUUUAGUACCACGGCUGACACCGAGCGAUACGGUUCACGGCGAGCCUCACUCAAUAGUAAACAGCUGCAGGAGAAUAUCCUAGUCCAAGCCGCGCGCAGUAGUAGGCCGAAUUAUGCAACGUGUGCGACAGAACGUGGCGAGCAAAACAUCGAGUUGACAUUCUGAUUUUUUUUAAACGCGGAAAUUAUCACAAGUUAAAGUUUUUUUUAUCUCCGAGUGAGUAAGCGCCAGUAUUUCCCCGCGACUGGACCUAAGGAGGCUGUGCGGGACGUGGGUGUGACUGUGACUAGCGACUGAGCGGUUUUAAGGAAGAAGAAGGAAAAAAAAAAAAAACACGCGAGAUGGGUUCGACCGAGCGCAGCAAGCUGAUUGGUGUCAUCGAUGAGGGGACUAACAUUGCACGCUUUGCGGUGUUCAAACUGCCCGACCUCGAGGAACUGUUCGUGCAUGAGGUAAAAAUCACCCAGAUAACGCCCCGCGAUGGCUGGGUUGAGCAAAACCCGGUCGAAAUUCUAGAGGGUGUCCGGCUCUGCAUGGUGGAGGUGUGUCUCCAGCUGGAGCAGCACGGUUACCAGGUGAAGGAUAUCGCGUCGAUCGGUAUCACGAACCAGCGCGAAACGACCGUCGUGUGGGAUAAAAAUACCGGCGAACCCCUUCACAAUGCUAUCGUUUGGAACGACAUUCGAACAAAUUCCACCGUGGACAAGGUGCUGGCCCGGCUGCCCGAUCAGAACCACAACCACUUCCGGUCGAUCGCGGGUCUGCCCGUUUCGCCCUACUUUUCCGCGCUCAAACUAAACUGGCUCAAGGAGAACAUCCGGGAGGUGCGAAAGGCAUGCCGCGAGAAGCGAUGCUACGCCGGGACGAUCGACACGUGGCUCGUCUGGAACCUGACCGGUGGCAUCGACGGGGGCGCGUUCAUAACGGACGUCACGAAUGCAUCACGCACGCUGCUGAUGAACAUCGAAACGCUGCACUGGGAUCCGCUGCUGAUCAAGACCUUUUCGCUGCACGUGGAUAUGCUGCCGGAGAUUCGCAGUUCGUCGGAGAUCUACGGCCGGAUCAAGAGCGAAAGCGUGCUGGACGGUAUUCCGAUCAGUGCGAUUCUCGGCAACCAGCAGGCCAGCCUGGUGGGACAGCGGUGCAUGCGGGAGGGACAGGCCAAAAACACCUACCGGAAGGGGUGCUUCCUGCUGUACAACACGGGAACGAGGUGUGUACAUUCCACGCACGGCCUGGUCACGACGGUGGCCUACCAGAUGGGACCGGACCGACCGCCGGUGUACGCGCUGGAAGGGUCCGUGGCGGUGGCCGGCGUCGCAAUGAAGUGGCUCAAGGAGAACCUGGGACUGCUGAAGGACAUUCCAACCGAUUCGGAGGCGAUCGCCGGAAGUGUCUUCUCGACGGGCGAUGUCUACUUUGUACCUGCUUUUACUGGCCUCUACGCACCCUACUGGAGGAAGGACGCCCGAGGCAUCAUUUGCGGGCUGACCAGCUUCACAACGAAACACCACAUCAUUCGGGCAGCCCUUGAGGCGGUUUGCUUCCAAACGCGUGAUAUUAUCGAGGCCAUGAAGAAAGAUUGCGGCAUCAAUCUUAACAAACUGCACGCGGACGGAAUUAUGACUGAUAACAAGCUGUUAAUGCAACUGCAGGCUGAUCUGGGUGGAAUUCCAGUUUUAAAGACCGAGUUUCGCGAUCCGGCGGCACUCGGCACGGCGAUGGCGGCGGCCCAGGCCAACGGAAUCAACCUGUACGACCUGGAACCGGAGAGUUGGAACGCCCAACGCCACGUAACAACCCACGAAACGUUCCUGCCCACGACGACGGAAGAGGAGCGGGACGCGCGGUACACCAAGUGGAAGAUGGCCGUCCAGCGCAGCCUGGGCUGGGCCGUGACCAAGAAGAGCGAGGCCAUGACCGACGAGCGAUACGCGCUGCUGGCGUCGAUUCCGGCCAGUUUGUUCCUGCUGUCGUCGUUUGUGAUGCUGGUGUUUUCUCAGGUCAGCCGGAGGUGAUAGACUUUGUCAACGUUAUUUUAAAUGUUGUUACAGCUUUUUUUUAAUUGUUAAUUUCUGCGGCUUUAACUAUUCGAUAGUUGUUGAUUCGGUAUUCUAAAAAAAUAGGAACAGAUUAGCUUGUAAAAUCCGGUUCAAUAGUGCACAAGGCUUCCACUUCCGGCACCACAAGAUACCUCCACACAGCUUUAGAAGCUCGUCUUGCAAUAGA